UCGGGGUUCGCCCGCCGACGUCGCUCGGCUUGUUGGGGCUGGGCUCUUCUUCGCGGAAGUGGGUAGGAGGGGGUUGUGGUCAGCUGAGUGUCCUGGGCUCGGCCGGGGCGGGUAGGGGUGCAGUUGCCGCCAUGGCCGAUCCCGAUGCCCGGUACCCUUGUUCCUCAAUCGAGGACGACUUCAACUAUGGCAGCAGCGUGGCCUCCGCCAGCGUGCACAUCCGAAUGGCCUUUCUAAGAAAAGUCUACAGCAUUCUUUCUCUGCAAGUUCUCUUAACUACAAUGGCUUCAACAGUUUUUUUAUACUUUGAGUCUAUACGGACAUUUGUACAUGACAGUCCUGCCUUAAUUUUGCUGUUUGCCCUCGGAUCUCUGGGUUUGAUUUUUGCAUUGAAUUUAAACAGACAUAAGUAUCCCCUUAACCUGUACCUGCUUUUUGGAUUUACACUAUUGGAAGCUCUAGCUGUGGCAGUUGUUGUUACUUUCUAUGAUGUACAUAUUAUUCUGCAAGCUUACAUACUGACUACUGGAGUAUUUUUUGGUUUGACUAUGUAUACUCUGCAAGCUAAGAGGGAUUUCAGCAAAUUAGGAGCAGGGCUGUUUGCUUUUUUGUGGAUUUUGUGCUUGUCAGGAUUCUUCAAGUUAUUUUUUUAUAGUGAGACAGUGGAGUUGGUCUUAGCUGCUGCAGGAGCCCUUCUUUUCUGUGGAUUCAUCAUCUAUGACACACACUCACUGAUGCAUAAACUGUCACCUGAAGAAUACAUAUUAGCUGCUAUCAGCCUCUACUUGGACAUUAUCAAUCUAUUCCUGCACCUGUUACGGUUUCUGGAAGCAGUUAAUAAAAAGUAAUUAAAAGCAUCUUGGCUCAACUGAAGAAUAAAAAAAAUUUUCUUUAGUGAGAAAAAAAGGAUUAAAAAAGUAAUUGAAGUAGUAUAUAGAAACUUUCAUUAAGUCAUAAAGUUUUGGACAAUGAUUAAAUACUGUUACAGUCUU